AUGACUCUAGUAAAUUUCGAAGGAGAACUUUUAAUUGAUAUGUACGUACUUCCUUCGCAUCCAAUAUUAAACUACAAUACUUAAUACAGCGGAAUAAGUGCCGAAACUCUAAAAGACGUUAAAAAUAUACUCGAAAACGCCCAAGAUAUUUUUUUAUAAUACGUAUGUAGCGAAACAAUAUUAGUAGGUCAUUCUUUAGAAAACGAUUUGAUGGCCUUAAAUAUUGUUCACAAUAAAUGCAUAGAUACUAGUGUUCUUUUUUUGACAAAAAACGAGAGGAAAUUAAAACUGAAAGAUUUAACUUAAAAAUUCCUUCAUUAUAAAAUCUAAUAAGGAUCUCAUUGCUCUUUGGAAGAUGCUAGAAGUUGCUUAAGUUUGGCAAAAUUAAGAAUCGAGAUUUUUGAUAAAUUCGAUUCUCAGAAAAUUAUUACUAACGAUUUCUCAACAAAUUAUAAUAAUGGUUAAUUGGAUUUAUUAGAUAAUAUUAUUAAAAGCGGAAACACAGUACUUAUAGUAGAUGAAAGUGAAAAACUUAAAAAAAUUUUGAAAUAUAGUGUGAGUUUUGAUGAAAUUAAAAUUAACACAAAUGAUGCUAAAUUGGAUAAAAUUAUUAAAGUUGUAAAGAAAAAAACUCAAGAUAAUAAUAUUAUUCCCAGAAUUAUACUCAGUAAAUUGGAUAAAAGUGAAAUUUAUUACAAUAUUGAUUAAAAAAUUUAAGAAAUAUUUAAUGUUUCCAAAAAAAAUACGGUUAUUUCAUUAGUUUUCUAAAUGAAGGUGAAUCCCACUUUUUGCAUUUUUAUAGGCAAAUGA